ACGUAACAAAAUGUGGAAAAAGUCAAGGGGUCUGAAAACUUUCAGAAUGCAUUAAUUAUUUGGCUAACUAGUUAACUUAAAUGUUUUGUUUUUUUGUUAACGAGGACGUUUAAUACGACAGCAUUUCUUAUUUUUAAGUGUUUGUUGGACGCAUGACACUUCAUGUUUGGUGAACAAGUAGCUCGUAGCAUAGUCUUGAUUUUCUUCUGUCAUCAUGGUCUAAUCCAGUGUGAGCUCAGAAGAGAUGCGGAAUAAGGGUUGCAAAGCAGAACACACAUAGUGCUUCACUACAGGUGAGCCGCAGAGCUAUCACAAAGCCGAACAACUACGGUACAGUCCCCAUGCGCUGCAGUUGGGCCAGAUGCGGUGAUGUUUAUUUUCUGUCGCGGCGUAUAUCACACAGCGGAUACACUUUCCCCCGAUAAACCAUGACUGUUGAACGACCUUAUUAGACCAUAAAGUAGGUAAGCAGGCUAACGUUACGUAAGUUAGCUAGGCUAGCCAACUAAUGCUAAUAGCUGGCUAACGUUAUGUCAGUUGUGAACAGUUUGGUCUGCCGUGCUUUUAAGCUAACUUAAACUACGUCUCGAUUUGACUUGUCUUAAGCGAAGCUAAAUCUUGAUUUGAGGUAUUGUAGCUAGCUAUCUUAGUUAUGGUUGUUGUUGGUUUUGAUCAGGCAUAACUAGCUAGCUUACGUUUACCAUUCACAGCUAGCUAGCUAAUUAUAUACUGCAAACUACGUUAGCUAGCUAACCCUUGUCCACACUGCCGGUAGUUUUCUAGCUAGCUAACGCAGUUGUUACUUGUUUAGCUAACUAGCGAAAGUUGUCUAACGAAAGUUGUCUAGCUAACUAAAGUUACCUACGUGCUAUUACGUUAAUCUAGUUAACUAGCUAAUCUAUCCAGUUGACCACUAGCGACAGAUGAUGAAAUAUUAACGUUAGCUAACUAUAGUAUGGUCAAAAAGCUUAGUUUUAUUGCUGACGUUAAUUUUUGGGCAGGUUGACGUGCUAUUAUGAGUAAACGGGUUUGUGUUGGCUAACGUUAUUUGGUUGGUUGAUCAUCUUUAGGUAGCUAACUACGUUAUCAGCUAAACCUUAGAUUACUCAAUGAUGGCCCCACUAAAUUGUAGCUAGCAAGCAUUUGUAGUGAUUUAUUAUUAACGUUAGCCGAUUGCUACCAAAGCUAAAUACUGGUGUUUUGUUUGUCUUUACCUAGCUAAUACUUCUGCCCUCUCUUAACAACACAGACACCUAGCUAGCUAGGUCUCUAGUAAAGAUGAACAUUGAUGACAAGCUGGAGGGGAUGCUGCUAAAGUGUAGUGGGGUAGUGGAUGAGAGGGUGGGGAUAGGGGGAGGGGGUCUGGUCGUCAUGACCCUGGGCGAGAGGGGGUUAGCCCACCACCCCCUGUUAGCUGAUGAUAAUGAUGAUGAUGAAGAGGAUGAUGACCUGACAGGGGUUUCAAUAGUGUCUCAUGACUUGAUUGCAACUGAUGAACUGAUGGUACAUGAGGAGACUGUGAAGAAUGACCGGGAAGAGGGAAUGAUGCAGAGACUCGCACACAAGCUGCCAUGCACGCUCCACAUGCCUGUGAGCAUCAAACAAGAGUUGAAGCUGUCUUCGGAUCCACUGAUGCUGGGAAAGAAAGAGAGAAAACAGCCCAGGGACCUCACAACAGAGUGUCACAAGAAGAAGAGAAAACAGCGCUCUCCUGCCAAGAUUCUCACCAUCAAUGAGGAUGGAUCAUUGGGUCUCCAGAGUCCAAAGUGUCAUGUAUGUGGGCACUGCAAUGCAGCUUUCCGAACAAACUACCAUCUACAAAGACACGUCUUUAUCCACACUGGUGAGAAGCCAUUUCAGUGCAGCCAGUGUGAUAUGCGCUUCAUUCAGAAAUACCUUCUCCAGAGACAUGAGAAGAUCCACACUGGUGAGAAGCCCUUCCGCUGUGAGGAGUGUGGCAUGAGGUUCAUUCAGAAAUACCACAUGGAGAGGCACAGAAGGACCCACAGUGGAGAGAAGCCCUAUCAAUGCGACUACUGCCACCAGUACUUCUCCAGAACAGACCGGGUUCUAAAGCACAGGCGCAUGUGCCGUGAGAGGAAAGCCCACAAGACAGCAGCAGCGGGGAAAGACGGAGGACUCCUGAGCGACACAGAAUCUCUGGCCUUCUCCUUCCCUGCCAAGGAGUGCUCACUGCCCAAGAAGAAACGCCUGAAGACCUCAGACAAGUCUCAAUGUGCUCUCUCAGCUGCUGCCACUGAAAACGUUGCCACAGUCGCUUCUCUUGGCGACAUGGAUAGGGAGGUGGAGCAAAGACCGAGCAAAAUUGAAUGUCUACCUCUCUAUGUGGUUACCUCCAAGGUGGUUAAAGACGAGUAUGUGAUGGCAGAUUAUUCUGUGGCACUUCCUGACACAUCUAGUGGGCGGCAGUUGGGGCUGGGUGGGGAGACUUUCUCCUCUGAGGAGAUUUAUCCUCCCAAGCUGGUCCUCAAGAAGGUCCCCAAGAGGAGUCUGAAGCAACCAACUGAACCUGAACCACCUGAGAGUUUAUCCCCUUUGUCCUCUUUCGAAGACUGCAAAGUCACCAGGUACACGUUUGAGAUUGUUGACAAACAAGGUCUUCUGGACGUGGAUGUGGCUAACUCUGACCUGGAGCCAGUAGACGCUCUCCCAGGAGGGCAGACGAAACCAGCAUCCAGCAGCACACACUACGACGAUGCCAUGCAGUUCCUGAAGAAGAAGAGGUAUCUCCAGCAGGUCGCUAUGGCCAACAACGACAACCGAGAUUACGCUGUUAAUGUAAGCAGCAUCGCGUCCCAGCCUUCCGCUACACAAGUCGCAGUGGCCAGCGUCAUUGACGAAACCGUUCCCGCCACCAUCUUGGAACCCCAGCCAUUGAGUGUCGAGCUCAAGUCCAAUCACGACAAGAACGUGCUCCCGGAUGAGGUUCUCCAGACUCUCCUGGACCACUACUCGAACAAGGCCAACGUGCAGCCAGAUAUCUCCUUCAGUGUGGCCGACACUGAGGUGACAUCCAGCAUCUCCAUCAACUCCUCCGAUGUGUCUGAGGGCAGCCCGGUAGAAAGCUUGGGAGGUAACUCUCAAGCCCCAUCAGCAGAGAAAUCUAGCCUCCUGCACGAGUACUCCAAGUUCCUCCAGCAAGCACUGGAGAGGACCAGCCAGAACGAUAGCUACCUGAGUAGCCAGAGUCUUACCUUUGUCACCGAGAGCCCCAGCCUUUCCAACCAGCCUCUGUUCUCUACAGAGAAGCAGUACCCUUCCCCCAGUAGGUUUACCGCUGGUACUGGUAAGUCAGGGAUGAACUCUCCACUAAGGUCUACCUUGGAGAAACCCCAUUUUGGACUCCUUGUAGGGGACUCCCAGCACUCUUUCUCAUUUUCGGGUGAUGAAACCACUACCUCGGCCGUGUCGCCAACCAACGAUUUUCUGGAGGGAGUUGCGUCCUCGAAAAAGACUGAUGCUCAAGGGUUGCAUCAGGCUUAUCAAAUCAGCACCUUCGAUCAGAACUUCCCGUCGCAGUUCCAGACCUCACGUUCUGGAAUCGCCUCCCAGUUUACUAUUGCCAAUGGACAAGUCAGUCUGCGAAGUCACGGAACAGAUUUCUCGGAAUUCCCCAUUGAGACGAGGUCUCAAUUGAACUCUUCCCCUGAUGCUACAAGCAGUCAAACGUUUGGUUGAGGAUACUAUUUACAUUAUUCUAUGAUAAUUUUAAAAGGCACUUUAUACCCAUAUCCUCUGUCCUGCCAAAAUAGGUUACACUGCAAAGCUGGGUGUUGCUCAAAGCAUUUAAUGAUUUAAAAAUAUAUAAUUUCUGUUAGAUUAAAGUGGUCAAUUUUGCGAAUCGUGAAAAAUAAAUAA